ACACUUAUCUGAUAUCCUGUGGAGCUUGUAAUUAGCUCAAGGACACUACACCCUGGUUGCAAGAGGCAAAUUUUGGUAAAGGAGGAUGGAACCUCAUGGAGCCUAGCAAUGAACCCUCCUUAUAUUUGAAUCUCUACCAUCUAUAUUUUUUAAGCCUUAACAAAAAAAAAUCUAGUAGUGUGUGGCUGCCUUCUGAUCCUCCCCCUUUCUCAGUUUUUUAUACAGUACUUUGUACAUCGCUGCACAUGAUUGACUUCAUCAAGUGUUAGGAAAAUAAACCAAUGUAAGUGCUGGACUGUGACUUGAAACGAAAUUACAAUAUGAAAAGCUUAGUAAAAAAGCAAAUAUUCCCAGGUCCAUGGCUCCUUUGAAAUCAUAUAAGGAAAUAAAUGACUCAAAAAGUCAGUAAUGUGAGAUACACAUUCUUAUUUCCUCAUAAUAUAUGUAUCUUUCAUUACAAAGAUUUAAUUAUUCUGGUGUUUGAGUCAAGAAUUCGUGGGAAAAUUUUUCAAAGCACUUACAUUGUUUUUAGUGCAAACAACAAGGUAGACAUUACAAAAAUGGAGUUGAAAGAACAGAUACACACUUUGCGAGAAGGGGGCUGGAGCAGUGAGGCUUUCACAGCACAAGAACUCCUCGACAAAAUGGAAGACUUACAAAUGCCACUAAUUCUAAAGGUUAUUGAUGGUUACUAUGGCAUUCAGCAUAUUGAGACAUUUUCAUCUGAUCAAAUUUUAUGGAUUUAUGGCAAAAUUGAGCAGAAACGAAUAAUAGGGAUUGAUAAUGAGGGUAACCACAUUAGCAUUCCAUAUGACACUCCGAUACGAUUUGAAAAUAUCAACGCCACGGAUGAAGACAUUGGUCCUCAGAACUUAACUGAACUUCUUAAAGAAAACACCUUUCCCGUAACAGUGAGCAUCUAUACAGGUGACUUCAGUGCAAAAAGCAUCGUCGGUACGGAACUAUCGGCAGAAUCAGUCGGCAAUUUAUCACUUACUAAGAAUCACACUAUGACAACUUUUAUUGGUGUUUGUUUACAAAAAGACACAAUUGAUGAGGAAAUACAAAAUCUACCAAUGUAUCUCAACAACAAAUUCAAAAUGGCGACUAGCAAGGACGAGGGCAGCAGACUGAAAUUUGAAGAGCUAAGAGAUGGCAUGGAGAAGAUGAUAAACAGUGUUGUUGAUUUUAAAACUUACACUGGAAGCUCAGAUAUUAUCAUUUACGAAAAAGCUGAUAUUAUGGAUGAGGACAUUAAUGCACCCAAUUACAACGCUCUAAGUCCACAGAAGUUCACAGUAAAAAAGAAAACGGUGCGACGCAGAUCGAAAAAUAGGCAUUCCUCUGGAACAAAAGCACGAUUCAGUUUGUCGCAUAUGGUUGCAUCAGUGAGAAGGUUAAAACCAGAGAGCCGGAAAUCAGUAAUGAGCAUGUCAUCUGAGAGCGAAUUAGCUGCACAGAGUGCUUCCUUAGAGACGUCAGACAGUCGCCAUUUGAUCAAUGAAACGCACCUAGAUGAUUCUCAGCAGAAUGCCGUAUAUAAAGCACACACUGACAAAGAUUUUGCUGAUGGUGGAAAACAAGCAAUGCAACCCAAGGAAUCAAAUGAACUGAAGGAAUCACACAAACCAGAGGAACCAAAGGAACCAGAAGCUUCUGAAACAGAUUCUAGAUCAACAACUGCUAGUACUCAACAAUCUAUAACUAUCAUUAAACCAAAACAAGAUACAAAGAUUACCCUUGAAAGGGAGCAAGAAAUGAAAUCCGACUCAAAUUCACCAAAAGGUAUAGAACCUCCAAAAAAAUCCUUGCCAACAUGGGCUACUCCAGCCUCGUCCAAUACAGCUAGCUUAGUUGGAGAACUCCAUCAUAUCUUAAAAAAAAAAACUGAAAGUAAUGAUGAGACAGAAGAACUUGUACCGAAGACAAACACUGAAGAAAAGUAUGAAUUAUCAUUGGCAAAAAAUGAAGAUCUUAAAGAACAAUCAGAUAAAACUAAUGGUAAACCUCAACCACAGCCUAGACCAGCAGUUGCCACAAAGCCUAAAGUUACACCAAAAGAAACUGCAUCUAAGCCAACAAUUGCCACAAAGCCUAAAGUUACACCAAAACCCAAACCGAGACAGAGCGCCAUUUCAAAACCACAAGAAGAUGCCAAAAUAGACAAUAAUGGAAACGCCAUAGACUCAGAUAAAAUGUAGUGAAAUGAUAGUAAAAAAAAUGCACAAUUAAUAUUACCGUAGUUCCUCUAUAAGUUUAUUUCCCCCACAACCCCUGAACACAAAAUACUGCUGAUUUUGCAUAGGACAUAAAAUUUAUAUACUAUUGGAUAACUAGAAUGCUUCGAAACAAUCAGAUUGUGUGAAGCGGUAGGUAAAUCCACCUAUUACUAUAAUUAGAUCCAUAUCCUUAUCACUGUAUAAGACCUGUCAUAUUCAUGCGAAUCUUGUAUACAAUCUAUCUCAUUUAUGUAUACAAACUUUUGGGAACCACUAUUAAUCGAUUGGCCUAGGUGUAUCUAGUUUCUGAUUUUGACCAAAUUGUUUUGUUAGAGUAAUAUGUUGUACUGUAAUAUUGGAGUGGAAGCUACAUUUUUUAGAAUUUGUAAAUCAGGGUCAGUAAUCACAGGUUAACUUUUAUAUAAAUUAGAAAUAAGAAUUUGUUUAAAUGCUACCCGAUUUUUUUAGAUAUUGUAUUCCUGUCCUGAAGGGCAAAACAACAAUUUUGCUUUGCCCUUUUUUAGAUAUGAUCAGAAAAAAGGAUAUCUAUUGUAUACUAACAAUAGGAAGCUUUUGAUUUGUUCGACAAAGCGAUGCCAAAAUGGAAUCACUCAUGCGUGACCAUCCUACCAGAUGUUCUACGUUCUGCAUACAUAGAUUGACCAAAUUGCGUUCUACAACCCAUGUGACGAGGAGAAUUAACGUUCUGCGCAGAAGAAUUUGAGUGACUUCAUUAAGUUCUACAUCCUACUGUCGUCGUGUUAAUUCAAAGCUCCCUAAUAUUAAUGGUAGAACUUUGAACAUCAGUUAUGGAAAACAAAUAUUUAAUAAUUAAAAAACUAGUAACUUAAUGACCUUGUCAUAAUAUUAUUUUAUACUGUUUAUGCUUUAAAAAAAUAAAAAUAUUCAUAAAUUAAAGUAUUAUAAUUAAAUGUAUCUUCUAUAUAUUACUGUUUAAUACAUCACAAUAGGUUCUUCAAUAUAUUAAAUUUUAAAUUUUGAAUAAUGCUUUAACAGCUGUAAAGCCCUUUCUUUUACAAACAAAAUGGUAUGCCCAUAUAUAGACAUAAUAUGUCUAAAUAUGAUGAGAUGUCAUAAUGACCAUAUUAAAAUAUGUCACAUGUUUUUGUCAAAUAAAAGUACUGUAGAUAAGUUUA